AUGGUCCCCAGGGGCCCCCAGUGGCCCCCCGUGGUCCCCCAGUGGCCCCCAAUGGCCCCCAGUCGCCCCCAGUGGCCCACCAAUGGCCCCCAGUGUCCCCCCAGUGGUCCCCAGUGGCCCCCCAAUGGCCCCCAAUGGCCCGCAGUGGCCCCCCCAAUGGCCCCCCAGUCGCCCCCAGUGGCCCCCCAAUGGCCCCCAGUGUCCCACCAGUGGUCCCCAGUGGCCCCCCAGUCGCCCCCAGUGGCCCCCAGUGGCCCCCCAAUGGCCCCCAGUAUCCUCCCAGUGGUCCCCAGUGGCCCCCCAAUGGCCCCCAAUGGCCCGCAGUGGACCCCCCAAUGGCCCCCCAGUCGCCCCCAGGGGCCCCUCAAUGGCCCUCAGUGUCCCCAAAUUGACCCCCAGUGGCCCCCCAAUGGCCCCCAGUGUCCCCCCAGUGGUCCCCAGUGGCCCCCAGUGGCCUCCUGUGUCCUUCCAGUGGUCCCCAGUGGCCCCCCAAUGGCCCCCAAUGGCCCGCAGUGGCCCCCCCAAUGGCCCCCAGUGUCCCCCAGUGGUCCCUGGUGCCCCCAGUGCCCUCCAAUGGCCCCCAAUGGCCCCCCAGUGGUCCCCAGUGUCCCCCCAGUGGCCCCCAGUGUCCCCCACUGUCCCCCAAGUGUCCCCCCCACUGGCCCCCAGUGUCCCCCAGUGGUCCCUGGUGCCCCCAGUGCCUUCCAAUGGCCCCCCAGUGGUCCCCAGUGUCCCCCCAGUGGUCCCCAGUAG